UGCUUUAAUGAGUACCUUCGACUCUAAAAUUUCUGAAAACAAGUCCACAUUUUAUAAUGAGCAUGUGCCCCAAAACCCACCUCUUUAUUUCAUCGCUAUUAUGGGUAUAAAAUCCAUCCAAUUGGUAUUUAAAGACAAUCGUUGUCUCGAGUUGUUAUUCAAAAAAUAAACUGAUAGUUACAUUCACUCUGUUUACUUCAACUGUUUAUUAUUAAGUGUAAUCACAGUCAAUUUUACAUUAUGAUCAAUUUAAACAAUAAAGUAGCCUUAAUUACUGGCUCAAGUGAUGGGAUUGGAGCUGCAACAGCUAUACUCUUCUCAUCUUUAGGAGCUAAAGUAUCCAUAGUUGGACGUGAUCAAAGUAAACUGGAUAAAGUUGCUGCUGAAUGUGAAUCAAAGUCACCUCAUCACUACAAGCCUGUUGUUACCAAGGCUGAUUUUAUUAGAGAUGAAGACGUGGUUCGAACCUUUGAAAAAACCAUUUCUGUUUAUAAAACUUUGGAUAUUUUAGUAAACAAUGCUGCUAUUGAUGGAACCAAAGGAUUUGGUGAACCAGAUGCUAUGAAUGAAUAUGAUCGAAUUAUGCAGAUUAAUGUUCGAGCUGUUGUUCGUCUUACUGAAUUGGCUGUACCACACUUGAAGCAAACCAAAGGAGCUAUUGUUAAUGUUUCAAGUAUUGUAGGCCUAAAACCAAUUCCACCAGUUUGGUCUUAUUGUAUGUCAAAAGCUUCUCUUGAUAUGUUUACGAAGUGCAUGGCUGGUAAACUGGCUCCUGAUGUUCGAGUAAAUUCAGUUAAUCCAGGAGUAACUCGAACGAACUUUCAACGAGAGCUAACCGAUCUGGAAGCCUUUAGGGCACGUGCAGCUUCAUUGCAACCAAUGAAACGGCUUGCUGAACCAAUAGAAAUAGCCAAUACAAUAGCUUUCCUCGCAUCUGAUGCGGCAAGCAACAUGACUGGUUCGAUUGUUGUUUCAGACUCUGGCAUGUUAAUUGCUGAUCCUUUUGCACAAUAAGCUUACUUUUGCUUGAAUCGUCUUAAUUAAUAAAUCAAGUUAAAACUGGUAUUAAUCAAUUAGAAUCAUUGUAUGGUUUAGCAAUAAAAACAAUUAUAUUGAGA